UUUGUGUCAAUCAUCACUCGACAAAAAUGGCUUCUGAAAAGAAGGCUGUCAUUAAGAACGCGGACAUGUCUGAGGACAUGCAGCAAGAUGGCAUCGAGUGCGCUAAGCAAGCCAUGGAGAAAUUCAACAUCGAAAAGGACAUCGCUGCUUACGUAAAGAAGGAGUUUGACAAAAAAUACAACCCAACCUGGCAUUGCAUUGUGGGUAGAAACUUCGGCAGCUACGUCACUCAUGAGACUAAGCACUUCAUCUAUUUUUAUCUGGAUCAGGUCGCCAUACUGCUCUUCAAGUCUGGCUAAUGUGAUGCACCACCGAAACGUUGACUUCAGCACAAACAUUGACUUAUAAACCCACCUCACCUCGGAUCACUUUCAUCAACGUUCAGAGUGAUGUCAUGCAUCCUCAGUUUCAACCAGACACAACUCAAUGCUGCCCUCGUCUCCCCUUUCCAUGAGUUCACGAUGCCAUUUUUUUAUAUUGUGAUAAGCAUGUAACUAUCACAUUCGCAUCAGAGACAUAGAAAAUGAUCGUACAAAUUAAUGCUGAAUUCAGCACUUCGGGUAUAGACCAAUACAAGCAUGUUAUCACUGUACAGUCAAGGAGGCCCCCUUCAAUGGCGAUACCAUGGGUCGGUUGCUUUGUACUAUAGCAGGCACAAUGCCCCAAUUAAAGGCGUGUAGUUACUCGGUCCGCAAAUAAUGGGGAAUUUGUAAAGUAAUUAUUAUGUGGAUAUGAAUUCAUGUGAGUGGUUAUACAAUAGAUUUACGUUAUAAGGGAACAGAAAUCUGACAGUUGUACAAUACUGAUCUUUAGCUUUUCGUGUGUCCGGUUACGAUUGUUAUCAUUAGGCCAAAAAAAAAGUCUCCGGUUUCUGGUAUGGAGUUUGCCCAAAAAGUGGUGCGGCGACGCGCUUUUUUU